GCCCCCCUCUCCCCCCUCAACCCCAAGCCGGCAGGCCCGCACGCCCACCCCGCGGAGCCCGGCUCGGCAGCGUCCCUUGCACUCGUCCAGGAAAUCCACCGUGCCCCGCCACGCAGAGCAGAGACGCCAGGGGAGCCUAAUGCCUGAGCCGAGGGGAGCGCCAUGGAUCUGACAAAGAUGGGCAUGAUCCAGCUGCAAAACCCCAGCCACCCCACUGGGCUGCUGUGCAAGGCCAACCAGAUGCGGCUGGCCGGGACUCUGUGUGAUGUUGUCAUCAUGGUGGACAGCCAGGAGUUCCACGCCCACCGGACGGUGCUGGCCUGCACCAGCAAGAUGUUUGAGAUCCUCUUCCAUCGCAACAGCCAGCACUAUACUCUGGACUUCCUCUCGCCAAAGACCUUCCAGCAGAUUCUGGAGUAUGCCUACACGGCCACGCUGCAGGCCAAGGCAGAAGACCUGGAUGACCUGCUGUAUGCGGCUGAGAUCCUGGAGAUCGAGUACCUGGAGGAGCAGUGCCUGAAAAUCUUGGAGACCAUCCAGGCCUCAGAUGACAAUGACACAGAGGCCACCAUGGCUGAUGGUGGGGCAGAGGAAGAAGAGGACCGCAAGGCUCGGUACCUCAAGAACAUCUUCAUCUCGAAGCAUUCCAGCGAGGAGAGUGGGUACGCCAGUGUGGCUGGACAGAGCCUUGCUGGGCCUAUGGUGGGCCAGGGCCCUUCUGUUUCCACCUCCUUUGGUCUCUCAGCCAUGAGUCCCACCAAAGCUGCCGUGGACAGUUUGAUGACCAUAGGGCAGUCUCUCCUGCAGGGGACGCUCCAGCCACCUGCUGGACCAGAGGAACCGACACUGGCCGGGCGGCACCCUGCGGUGGCCGAGGUGAAGACAGAGAUGAUGCAGGUGGAUGAGGUCCCCGGCCAGGACAGUCCAGGGCCAGUUGAGUCCAGUGUCUCAGGAGGACUGGGGGACAAAGUAGAGGAAAGAAGCAAAGAGGGUCCUGGGACCCCAACACGCAGCAGUGUCAUCACCAGCGCUAGGGAGCUGCACUACGGGCGGGAGGAGAGCGCUGAGCAGCUGCCACCCCCAGCUGAGGCUGGCCAGGGCCCUCCGGGCCGCCUGGAGCACUCCGCACCACCGCCCACCGAGAAACACCUGGGUAUCUACUCAGUGUUGCCCAACCACAAGGCUGACGCCGUGUUGAGCAUGCCAUCUUCGGUGACCUCUGGCCUGCACGUGCAGCCCACCCUGGCCGUCUCCAUGGAUUUCAGCACCUAUGGGGGGCUACUGCCGCAGGGCUUCAUCCAGAGGGAGCUGUUCAGCAAGCUGGGCGAGCUGGCGGUGGGCAUGAAGUCGGAGAGCCGGAGCAUGGGCGAGCAGUGCAGUGUGUGUGGAGUUGAGCUUCCUGACAACGAGGCUGUGGAGCAGCACAGGAAGCUGCACAGUGGGAUGAAGACGUACGGGUGUGAGCUCUGCGGAAAGCGGUUCCUGGAUAGUUUGCGUCUGAGAAUGCACUUACUGGCUCAUUCAGCGGGUGCCAAAGCCUUUGUCUGUGAUCAGUGCGGAGCCCAGUUUUCCAAGGAAGAUGCCCUGGAGACGCACAGGCAGACCCACACUGGCACAGACAUGGCUGUCUUCUGUCUGCUGUGUGGCAAGCGCUUCCAGGCACAGAGCGCGCUCCAGCAGCACAUGGAGGUCCAUGCGGGCGUGCGCAGCUACAUCUGCAGUGAGUGCAACCGCACCUUCCCCAGCCACACGGCCCUCAAGCGCCACCUGCGCUCACAUACAGGCGACCACCCAUACGAGUGUGAGUUCUGUGGCAGCUGCUUCCGGGACGAGAGCACGCUUAAGAGCCACAAGCGCAUCCACACGGGUGAGAAGCCCUACGAGUGCAAUGGCUGUGGCAAGAAGUUCAGCCUCAAGCACCAGCUGGAGACGCACUACAGGGUGCACACAGGUGAAAAGCCCUUUGAGUGUAAGCUGUGCCACCAGCGCUCGCGGGACUACUCGGCCAUGAUCAAGCACCUGCGGACCCACAACGGCGCCUCGCCCUACCAGUGCACCAUCUGCACCGAGUACUGCCCCAGCCUCUCCUCCAUGCAGAAGCACAUGAAGGGCCACAAGCCUGAGGAGAUCCCACCCGACUGGAGGAUAGAGAAGACAUACCUCUAUCUGUGCUAUGUGUGAAGAGGCACCCCCUGCUGCCGUGGAGGCCGUGAAGCAGGGGCCGGAGCCAGGGGGGGAAGCAGGAGAGGGAGAGGACAUGGAGGAAGGACUGUGCACAAAGAUAAAAACAAAAACAAAAAAGAAGAAAAAAAAUGGAGAGACAAGAAAGAAAUCAAACAGCUGUUUAGCCUUGGGUUCUCUCUAGGGCUUUGGCUGCCCUGGACACCAUGCCAAUGCCCUUCCCUGGCAGGGGGGACCCUGGCUUUCUUGGGUGGGAUCCAGUGGGAUGAGGGUGGUUUUGCUCACAUCUUCUCUCUGCCUCCCUCUCCCCAUACCCACUUCUUGUGUCCAGAAGCAGAGGUUGGUGGGCAGUUGGUGGGUACUCCAGUCUCAGCCCACUGCCUUGCAGAGCAAGCAAGGAAAGCAGACCGGGGGUGCUGAGAUGGUGGGGCAGAGCUGGGCCUCAGUGGGCACUCAUGAUGGCAGCUCUGGCUUGCUGGGGGCUGAUCAGAGAGGGGCCGAGUGCCCUUCUCAUCCACCACUCACUUCCCCUGCCUGCUAAACCUGAGUGAUCCCUCCUAGUCUCCAGGAGCCCUGGGAUUCUUGCCCCUUGCUUCCUGCCUCCCCUUGAUCCCUGUCCAUCAAGUGCUGGGUUAGAAGGGGGGAUGGCUCUGGGCCCCUCUGGGUUCUGACUGCAUGAGGCAUCUCCCUGCCUCACCUGUGCCCUGGACAGGGAGCUGCCUCAUCCCUUGGCUUAUGAGAACACACCACAGAAUGGAUGAAACAGCCCCUUCGUCAUGAGCAAGAUUCCCUACAAACUGCUUUUGCUUCCAGAAUGGAAAAACCUAACAACCAUGUGUCUAAUUCCUUACCACACAAACAAAAGGAGUCCCUCCAAACCUCCUCGGUUACCAGGGGAAGCAAGCCAAGAAAGGCUCAUUGUCCAAGGGAGACUUGUGUGUGUCUUUCUCCAGAUGGGUCCUGUACCUGGAGCAGAGACAGUAUCAGGCACUCUGCCCAUGGGAGGGUCUUAUUGGGAACCUGCGCAACCUAGAGAGUCCAGCGGGGAAUCCCGGAUGCAGAGAGCAGCUCAGAAUUCCCAGCUCAAGGGCCCCUCAAUCCACAACAGGGAGGAGGAGGAGAAGGAGCAAGAGGAGGAGUGGAAAGUGUUUUGGCCUUGUGUUGUGUUUUGCUUCUUUUCUGUGUCCCCUGUUAGCACAUUGUACUUGAAUUACCUCACUUUGUUGUGACCUCAUGAGCUUUGUCCAUGGCCUCUCCCCUAACCGCCCUCCCAUCUCUCAUUCUUUUUUUUCCCCAUUCAUUAGGGGUUGGAGGAACAGAGAGGGUGUCCUUUUCUGUUUCUUGAGUGAAGUAAGAAUUGGUUUUCUAGGUUUCAGCUGGCCAAGGCGUCCCAGGUGGAAGGCCCUGUGCACAGGAGGGUUUGAGUGCUCAGGAUCUGAAUGGGAGGACUGGCCAGGGGCGUAGCCCUGGGGACAACAGUGUCGCCCCCCUCCCCCAUGUCACCAGGGGCCUCAUGAGUCCUUGGGGACUCUUCCAGGCUCAGAGUCUUCAGUGCCCAGACUCAGAGUGCAGCCCAAAACAGUGUGGAGGAAAGUCCCACCUUGCUUUCCUCCGCUUGGCUGGACUGUGCUGGUUGCCCACCUGUGUACCUAGCUACUGCCCAUAGCAAAUGUCUUGGUGGCUGGUCUCUGGGUGAGCCAGCUUUAGUUCUGUUGUUGGGGUGGGGCUUUCGUUUCUCCAAAAGCUACCUCUUCUGUUUGUCCCCCUCAGGCCUCCCCACCUGCUGCUCUGCUCCCCAUUCCUGCCCUCCCUGAAUUGGGGAAAGCGCAGUUGCAAUCUCCCUGCUGGCUUUGGGAUGGAUGCUCUGUGACAUCUCACACUUCAUAUGUAGGAGGUUUUACAUUUGUUGCGUGAUGUUUUUUUUUCUCCUUUCUCUCUCUGAGAAAGUCAUGGCUGCGUUUGAAUCUUAGGUUUUAAGAAGUGGUUUAGGAAGCUGUGUUGAGAAGGGUUGUGCAAGACACAGGGAAGUCGCAGGGAUGGGUGCAGCUGUGGCCACCCCCUCCCCCAUCCCUUGGUCCUGUCCAUCCUGUCCACCCCUUCAAUCUUGCCCACCAAAUUGGAAGGCCUUAAAAAUCGUGUGUGAGGGGGAGGUGGGCUUGUGGGUUUGAGAGGUCGGGCAGGGAGACUGCUGUAUCGUGCAGUGGUAACAACAGUGCUUUGGAAAGAAGAGAAGUUAAACUUAAAGCACGUGACUAGACAUGUCAUGUUGAUGAUGUGAAAAGAGCAGAAUUGUCUGUGGGAGGAGGCAGCCUAAGAAAUUAUGCACUGUGGUCCCCCCCCCCCCACUUUGCGGGCCCUCAGGACAUCUGGAAAUCCCAGAAAACAGUGUUUUCAACAUCAAGAUGUCAUUCAACAUUGACGGGGAAGGGGAAAAAAGUCCAACUCUUCCAUAGAACUCACAAGUCUGGCCCUCCAUUCACUCCCUAGCCCGUUCCCUGAGCCUGGGUUGCCCUAGUUCCUGUUCACAAAAACUGAGGAUUGAAUGACUCUUUACAAGAUUGUAGUAUUUUUGUAAUAUUCGUUAGUUCCUCUAUCAGUGCUACAGGACCUGGCCCUUUUGUAAUGUGAAUAGGACAAACAAGAAU